GAGGAGAAGCUGGUCACCCUGGCCUUGGAACAAGAGGCGGACGAAUGUGUGAACGUGGCCCAGAGCGGACUCUUACUUUACCGCCAGAUGCACGACCAGCUUUUCGAGCACCAGAAGGACGGCGUGGCCUUCCUGUACGGCCUCUACCGCGAAGGACGCCAGGGGGGCAUUUUAGCCGAUGACAUGGGCUUGGGGAAGACCAUCCAGAUCAUCGCUUUCCUUUCCGGAAUGUUUGAUGCAAAAUUGGUCUGUUCCAUCUUGCUGGUUAUGCCGGUGACGCUCGUGAAUAACUGGAAACAAGAGUUCGCCAAGUGGGCGCCGGGAAUUCGGGUGAAGCUUUUCCACGGGACGAGCAAGAAAGAGCGCGGCCAACAUUUGCACCAAAUCCAAACCGAAAAGGGGGUCCUUUUGACCUCCUAUCAGAUGAUCCUGGCCAACUGGGAGCAGCUGUCAAGCUGUGACCAGCAAGCCUUCAUCUGGGACUACCUGAUCUUAGACGAGGCCCACAAAAUCAAGAGCCCGUUGGCGAAGACCACAAAAGCCUUGCGCGCCAUCCCGGCCAGGAACCGCGUCCUCCUCACCGGGACUCCCGUGCAGAAUAACCUGCAAGAACUUUGGUCUCUGUUUGAUUUUGCCUGUCAGGGCACCCUCCUUGGCACGGCCAAAACUUUCAAGAUGGAAUACGAGAAUCCGAUCACCCGGGCGAGGGAGAAGGACGCGACCUUGGGGGAGAAAGCUCUCGGUCUCAAGAUCGCGGAGAACUUGAUGACCAUCAUACAGCCUCAUUUCUUGAGGAGAAGUAAAGAUGAAAUCCAGAAGCUGAGAUCGGACCAAGCGCCUGGUUCGCCCGGUCAGAAUACACUGGAAAUCCCUUCUCUUCCGAGAAAAAAUGACUUUAUCAUUUGGGUCUACCUGUCACCCGUCCAGGAAGACAUUUACAGGAACUUCCUUUCCUUGGAUCACAUUAAGCAACUUUUGAUGACCACCCGUUCCCCCUUGGCGGAGCUGACCGUCCUGAAGAAACUCUGCGAUCACCCCAGGUUGUUGUCUUCUCAAGCUUGUCUCCAGCUUGGUUUGGAAACUUUGAGUCAAGAGGACGGAGAAGACGCCGUUGGCCUGAUGCAGGAGAUCCAGAAAGUAUCUGAGAAGGUUCUGAUUCAAGAAUCUGGAAAGUUGAUGUUCCUGGUCGACUUGUUGGCCAAGCUUCGGGAAGAAGGCCACCAAACUCUGGUGUUCUCCUUGUCGAGGAAAAUGUUGGACAUCAUAGAAUGCAUCCUGACCCAACGGCGCGUCAAGUUCAUGCGCGUGGAUGGCACGGUGACCUGUUUAGUGGAACGCGAGAAGAGGGUGAGGGACUUCCAGACGGACAAAAGCUACUCGGUCUUUCUCCUGACCACUCAAGUCGGUGGCGUGGGCCUCACUUUAACAGCUGCUACCCGCGUGGUGAUCUUUGAUCCCAGCUGGAAUCCAGCCACGGAUUUGCAAGCUGUAGACCGAGUUUAUAGGAUCGGGCAAAAGGAGAACGUUGUGAUCUACCGUCUGAUCACCUGUGGGACGGUUGAGGAGAAGAUCUACCGGCGUCAGGUCUUUAAGGACUCGUUGAUAAGGCAAAGCACAGGAGAUAAGAAGAACCCGUAUCGCUAUUUUACCAAGCAGGAACUGAGAGAGCUCUUUGUUCUGACGGACACGAGAAACUCGUUGACUCAACUUCAGCUCCAGUCUUUGCACGGAACCGAAAGAAACUCGGAUGCCAACUUAGACGAACACAUUGCCUUUCUUUACUCGUUGGAGAUGUUUGGCAUCUCUGAUCAUGAUCUGAUGUAUACAUCUGAAACGAGUCACGAGGAAGCUGAUGACGAGGAGGCCCACCAGUACAUUCAGAACCGUGUCCACAAGGCUCAGGAACUGGUCCAGUUAGAAUCCCAGCUCGUGGACACGAAGAAAAGGACAAAGCACUGA